AAGAGGUAGAAAAAUAUGAGCGGAAUUGAAUUUGAAGCUCGUAUGAAACCUGGCACUCCGGAUGAUCUGAAAAAGUUGCAUUCAUGGCUCGAGUCAAUAAUUUUUCGCUAUUUUCAUGUUUGGUCUCCAGUUAAUUGUCAAGAUAUGCUCAAAAGAUACGAAAUUUAUGAGCUUUGUCUUCGUGCUAGAGAGCUUUUUUGGACUCAGCCACUUUAUAGACAUGUUGAAGUACCCGUCACUAUUGUUGGAGAUAUUCAUGGACAAUUUGAAGAUCUUAAAAUGAUGAUGGAUAUGAAUGGAUGGCCAUUUACUGAAGACGAAGCGAAAGAAAUGUGCAAAAAUCUUCUUUUAAAGGGUGGAAAAGAUGGGAAACAGACAUUUCCAGCAGUUCUUGGAUCUGGAACUGACCGUCAGAAAACUCAAAAGAAUUAUCUUUUCCUCGGGGACUAUGUUGAUCGUGGACCAUACUCCAUUGAAGUUGUUCUUAUGCUUUUUGCAAUGCAUCUUCGUUGGCCUGAUCGUGUCACUUUGCUUCGUGGAAAUCAUGAAUCGAGACCGGUCAAUAGACAGUAUGGUUUCUAUGGAGAAUGCGUAAGACGAUACAGUGAAAGAAUCUAUGAAGUAUUUCAAUUGGCAUUCAAUGCGAUGCCACUAACUGCAAUUGUUAACAAAAGAAUAAUGUGCAUGCAUGGUGGAAUUUCUGAAGAAUUGUUUGAUUUGAAACAACUUGAUGCUCUUAAACGCCCAAUCGAUACACCUGACAUUGGAAUCAUUGCUGAUUUGACUUGGGCUGAUCCGGAAUGCGAAAUUGACUACUACAAGGAAUCACCACGUGGCGCUGGAAAGAUCUUCGGAGCAAAAGCAGUUGAUGAGUUCUGCAAGCAUUUCCAAUUGGAUUUGAUCGUGAGAGCUCACCAAGUUGUUCAGGACGGAUAUGAGUUCUUUGCUGAUAGAAAACUUGUGACUAUCUUCUCUGCACCAUUUUAUUGUGGACAGACUAACAAUAUUGCUUCAAUGCUUAAUAUUGAUAAGGACAUGGUUGCUUCCUUCAUGCUUGUGAAACCUGUCACGGAGAUCAAAGAGAAUCAGAAUGUUGGAGAAAAGGCAGAUGAUGAGAAUUGAUGUUUGAUCCUGAUUUUCGAUUAAAGUUCAAUAAAUAUUAGUUUACUCGUC